CAGUCCGUGGCGGCGCAUCAUUUGAAUGGCAAACGGGGGAAUUUCCCUUUGUUGUUGCCGUGGAGAUCGUGAUUUAAAAAGGUUGUUUUAAAUAAAACUUGUUCCCCACUCUAAAAUAGCACUUGGCUUCGGCUAAAAAUGGAUGAUAAAGUGGAGGACAGUGCUCCGGAGCUGGUGGAAUCUGAAUGUAAAUUGGCCAAAUCAACGGAGGAAAAUCAUGAGAAACCAGCCCUUAGCAUUGGAUUGCUGCCAAUUAUGAUAUUCCUGGCUGCCACGGUGACCACUGCGGUGGUGGUGGAACUGUUGCCACAUGCCAAAAGCAGGUUCUCCUGGCUCUCGCAGGAUGCUGCGGAAGAUCAGUUGCAAGCCGCGCCCACAUACGCCAUCUUCGGCCGAAGUCCCACGGAGGAGCACCUGGUGCAUGUGGUGAAUGUGCUGCAGAGAUUCGGAUACCGGCGAGUGGACGUAAACGACAGCUGGAAUCUCCUCUGGGCCCACGAUUACCCCUUUCUGACGCACCCAGGCCUAAAGAGUCUCGGCCAGGAUCAGGUAGUGAACCACUUCCCGGGCUGCGGCUACCUCACCAACAAGGUAGAUCUGUGCACCACGCAGCUGCCGUUUCUGCCUCGAGCCUUCCGUCUGCCCGCCCAGCGUCAGGAAUUCCUAGACUAUGCCCGUGACAAUCCGCAGGCUCUCUUUGUCCAGAAGCACAACGAACACAGGCACAUCAAGGUGCGGGAACCGGCAGACAUUGCCUUCGGGUCCAAUGACUCGUUUGUGCAGGAGUUCGUGCAGCGUCCUUACCUCGUCGAUGGCCACAAGUUCGACAUAGGUGUCUAUGUGGUCAUUACCUCUGUCAAUCCACUACGAGCGUAUAUCUACACUGGGGACGUACUCUUCCGAUACUGCCCCGUGAAGUACUACCCCUUCGAUGCCGAAAAUGUGGACAAGUACAUAGUGGGUGACGAUUAUCUGCCCACCUGGGAGGUUCCCUCGCUGAGGAAGUUCUACAAUCGCUUUGGCGGCAGCAUGCGCACGGUCUUCGAGGCCUACGUAAGGGAUCAGGGUAUGGAUCCCUCAAAAAUUUGGCCCCAGGUGAAGCACAUAGUGCGUACAACGAUUGCGGCCAAGGAGAAGGACAUUGUGAAUAUUCUGCGCUCCUACCGGACGCACAACUUCUUCGAUCUAAUGCGAUUCGAUCUGUUCGUCGAUGAGGAUCUAAAGGUCUACCUUAUGGAGGCUAACAUGUCGCCCAAUCUCUCCUCGGCGCACUUCAAGCCCAACUCGCUGCUGUACGAACAGGUGCUCUACAGUGUCUUUAAUUUGGUUGGAAUUCGACCUCUCAGUGCAACAAGUGGCAGCUUAUUAAACGAGAGCAGCGAAAUGCUCACUGCUGAAAAGAACCUGGCCACAGAUUUGAAUAAAUGCGCUGCUCACGACUGCGACAAGUCCUGCAAUAAGGACGAGUGUGACCUCUGCUUGGCCUGCCUCAGUGGAUCACAGUACAAAAUGCUACAGCAAGCCCACCAGGAGCACCUGCAUCGCAUUGAUAUGAAGCGCCUGUUCCCCAAACCAAUUCUCGACUUGCAGAGCUUUAAUUUGGCCGAGGAAAUCACAAAUAUGACCACGAAAAAUGCUUGGAUGACAGAGUGGUUCUACAACAAAUGCCAAUAUGAUGCUACCUGGUGUACUUAGUUUUAAUUGAAUAUUUAUGUAAAUAUGAAUCUUGACCGCAAAGCCUUUUAUGCUCAGCAUUAGGAAAUUGGCCACCGAUUGUACUUAGUUGAAAACAUAUUUAAAUAUUUAUACAUGGCCAUACAGUCAUUAUUAUUCAGUGCAAAUUGGUAUUAAUAUUAGUCAUUUAGUAAUGAGUGAGUUGUGCUCUUAGGUGCCUUCAAUGACUAUGCAGAAGUGUUUAAAUUUAGAGAAAUUCCCGUCCUUAAAAUAACUUCACCUUAAUCUAAGCUAAGAAAGACAAAUUCGUAGAAAUUCUUUAACUUCAGACUAUAAUUGUAAUACCCUGCAAGGGCAUACAAGAAAUGUUAUUUGCAAAUAUAUUACUCGUAAAACCUAGGAACCCAUCUAAAUGAUUUAAUAAACUAAUG